CCGUUUAUCCAGGAUAAUGUUCUCAUUUUGUUCCUUCUACUCGUCAUAUUUUUCGAGUUUUGUGAACUCUGUUUUGUCUGUAAGACCGUAAAAUUUUUUAUUGAUUAAACGUUAACUGAAUUCAUGGAGAUUGAAAGCAACUAGAUUUUGAAAUUUUCUAUGUAUUCUAUUCGGUCUUACUGUUCUUUCUGGGUCUAUAAACUCUAUAUACAAGAAGCUUUUGUUAGAGAAGAUGAUGGGUCUAUUCAUUGUAAUGAAAGUUUAGCUUUUGGUUUAGUCGUGCAAGUCUUUUUGACACUCGAGUGUGACUUUUUUGUGUUUUUAGAGAGAAUGGCUUUUUAAGUUUUUUGCUUUCGACAGAGUGAAUCAAUCUUUUCAAAAUUCUUGAGGUUUCUUUUUUCCCUUUUGAUUUUCCUUUCUGGACCACCAGUUGGGUCGUCUUCAUUUGACUCAUACUUAUUCAACAAUCAACCCACCUUUGCUUCAGAAAUUACUCAAGAAAAAAAAAAAAAUUAAAAACAGGUACUUUCAAGUAGCUGGUUACGCGGUGACUUGCUUAUAAGUUCAAAAGGCCAGUGGUUGUCUCUUGGGUCAUCAAUUUAAGCAACUGAUAUUGCUGUCUAAGCAGCUACUACUUGCCACUAAAGGGAUUUGAUUACGGCAAUUCAAAGUCUUAUAACAAGAUACAGAAAGUAAAUGGCAAAUGGGCUCUAUUCAGAUGGCUCUUUUUCUGUCCCAGAGGAAGAUGGAGAACUGAAAGUGGUUUCAUCUUUGCCUUCUAUCCCUCAGCCACAAACACCCAGAGAGCCAAUGGAAUUCCUGUCCAGAUCAUGGAGUCUUUCAGCUUCAGAAAUAUCAAAAGCUAUUGCUCAGAAACAAAAACAGUUUUCACUUGGCAACAGUUUUCUUGCAAUGCCAGGCACACUUCAAGCUGCACAAAUUUCGGGCAAUACGUUGAGCUCAGGAAAUGGUCGGAGAACAGGAUCGAUUGGGAAAUGGUUCCACCACCACAAGGAGCUCUCGUCUAGCAAGUUGAAGAAGAAAGACAAGGCCCGUGUUGAAAAUGCUCGCAUGCACUCUGCCAUCUCUAUUGCUGGACUAGCGGCAGCCUUGGCAGCUGUGGCUUCAGCGGGAACCUCCGAUGGCUCAGGCUCAAGCUCGAAAAUGGGCAUGGCGUUAGCUUCGGCUACUGAGCUCUUGGCAUCACACUGCAUUGAAAUAGCUGAAUCAGCUGGAGCUGAUCAUGAUCGUGUGGCCUCUGUUGUGAGAUCAGCAGUGGACAUUCAAACUCCAGGAGAUCUGAUGACUCUUACGGCAGCAGCUGCAACAGCCUUGAGAGGAGAAGCAGCUCUGAAAGCAAGACUGCCAAAAGAAGCAAGGAAGAAUGCAUCUAUAAGUCCUUAUGAAAAGGGUAUAGCAGAAACUCAUUGGCCAGAUGCUUUUCUCAGUCAAUCGGAGGAACAUGGUCCCCCUUGUGCCGGUGAACUUCUGCAACACACCAGAAAAGGGGUGUUGCGGUGGAAGUUCGUCUCAGUUUACAUCAACAAGAAAUCUCAGGUCAUAGUUACUCUCAAAAGCAAACAUGUAGGAGGAGCCUUCUCCAAGAAGAACAAAUGUAUUGUCUAUGGAGUGUGUGAUGAAAGUAGUGCUUGGCCGUACAAGAAAAAAAGGGAAAUUUCUGACGAAGUGUAUUUCGGCCUGAAAACCGCACAGGGUCUAUUAGAGUUCAAGUGCAAGAGUAAAAUCCAUAAACAAAGAUGGGUUGAUGGGAUUCAAAAUCUUCUCCGUCAAGUAAAUAGUCUUGAACCAACUGAGCUCUCUUUAGAGUCUUUGAGUAUCAAUAAUAGCACAUAGUUUAACAGAUGCUUGUGGAUAAAGUCCAAUAAUAGGACAGGCAUAGUGUUAUAUUAUGCUUAAAUGUCUUAAAGUAUGGAUAUACUCUUUUGUUAUAGUGACAUAAUAUUCACAGGAGCAAUGAAAUUUGUUGUGCUUAUGUGCAUAUAAUAUUCACACUAUUUUAUGUAAUAUUACUUUUAAAUUCUCA